UUUGUGGACUUGAGUGUUCAAGUUGAAGUCGACCGAGGGACUGAGGCAGCGUCGCCUGCGGUCGGGCUACGUUGAAUGCAGUCUGGAUAUCGGCGACGAAAUGAAGGCCAGAAAAGUAUAAAAAACGAGAGAGCGAGCAAGCGGCGAGGAUGUCGGCGGAGGUGGAUGUCCUGAUGCAGGAGGCCAAGGAGAGCAUCGAGGCGGCGCAGAAUUUUCGCACCGAGCUGCAGCAGAGACUCGGGGGACUCAACCAGGCGCGACAACAGGUGCGGGGCAGUUCGACCCAGGCCCGCGAUGCCCUCCGCAGGCACUUUACCGAACUGCAGGCGGCGGCCACCCGGCUACUGUCGGAGCGACUGAGCGCACUCCUUGCCGAGGUGGACGCCAUUGAGGCGGACAGCGUCAGGCCUCUGGAUGACUGUCAGAGCCUGGUGGAGUACGGCAUGGGCCAGGCUGAUGAGCUCCUUCGAGAGGGGGAAGCGGCUCUGCGCUGCGGUCUCGGUGAGAAAGAAGAUAAACUGGGAAGCUUCACCAAGAAGGCCAUGCACAUCCAGUUAGACAGCCUGCCGGAGGUUCCGGCUCUGGUGGACGUCCCGUGCGUGUCGGCCCAGUUCGACGACUCCCUGCUGGUUCUGUUGCGUGAGCGCGCGUGCCGCCACGGCUCGGUGGCCUCUCACCCGCCCGUCCUCAUUGAGGAACUGCAGGAGAGACCCGGGAGCAUCUUGGUGCGCUGGUGUAAGGUGGACGAGGACUUUGCUGCUGCAGAUUACCGGCUGCAGUACCGGCGCUCGGGCAAUGGGGGGAGCCAGUACGAGGAUGCCUACGUGGGGCAUGACACAGACUUCCUGGCGCUCGGUCUGGACCCUAACACUGACUACAUGUUCAGGGUGUGCGCCCGAGGCGAGGGCCGCACUGAGUGGAGCCCCUGGAGCGUCUCCCAGACAGGAUUCACCACCAUGGAGCCGCAUGAGUGGCGUCCAGGCACGGAGGGUUACAUCGUGAAUAGCAGACGUAACAUCGCCUUGAGGAACGAUUCUGUUCCGUCCGGCUGCCCUGUGCUUUACUCCAAUGCGCCCACCUACUUCUGUGGCCUCACGCUUACCUUCAAGAUUUCGGCCACCGGUAAGCCUGACCGCCGGGACAGUUUGGGCGUGUGCGUGGACGGAGAAAAAAGCUGCCGCUCACUACAGAGAGAUCAAGCCGUCUGCAUCUCCACCAAUGGCGCCGUGUACGUCAACGGCAAGGAGAUGACCAAUCAGCUUCCGUCGAUCACGCUGGGUUCGGCUGUGACGUUCGACAUGGAGGUGGUGGGCGUGGUCCCACUCAACAACGACCACGUCAGUGACGACGUCGGCAACAACGUGAGCAGCUUGAAGCUGCGCGUCACCAUCGGCUCAGGCAGCCGCGAGGUGGUUUUCGAUUGGCUGCUGGACACGGCCGUAGACGGCCUCUUCUUCGGGUGUGCCUUCGCGCAUACCGGCUGGAAGGUGCUCGUCUUUUAAUGGACAAUGCAGGACAUAAACGAUGCAUUGACGCCUCCAAGUUCCGGGAACGUUUAGUUCGUGUUACUUCCUGGAUUAAGGAGCAUUCACAAUUACGUAAGGUUCUUGGAUCUCUUGGAAAUACUGCCGCCCCUAGUAGGUUUUUUUUUUGGACCCAAAACUUUCCUCAGUACUUAAUAUUUCCUGCAGUCCAAAUACACAAUAGAUGUUUGUUUGUUUGGGUUUUUUUCCCGUUGAAGUUCCAGGAGCUUUUAGUUCUUAAUGUUUAUCAAUCAUGGAACUUACUUGUUCCAAUCAGGUAUGAUGAACCCAUUCCAAAAGCUCCUGAACCUUUCAAAACCAAUUUGAUGACCUCAUCAGCCCCCUGAAGCCAUUUUGUAGGACUCGUAUACAUUAGUUGAUUAUUGUGUUUACAAUCACUUACAAUGGCAUUCGCAUGCCUUUUUUCCCCCAAAUACAGUCAAACCUCGGUUUUCGAACAUCUCUGUUCUCGACCGAAUCGGUUUUCAACUAAAAAUGUAGAGUUGUUUUUUAUGGCUUGGAUGACGACCGAAUUUCGGUUCUCGAACAACCUUGUUUAGCGUUACAUGAUGAACAGAUGUGUUCAGUAAAGAUUUUUUUUUUUUAAAGAGCGUGGUUUCGGUUUUCGAACAGCCUACUGGAACAGAUUAUGGUCGAAAACCGAGGUAUGAGUGUAGAUGACAAUUAAUCCCCUUCCUGGAAAUGGUGUGAAUCAAGAAAGACUGAACACCUGACAAUUUUCAUUUUUUCAAAAAUCUUUGAUACUGUGAAACUUUCGAGGUUUUUAGUUGUGCACGUGUCGGCGUGACGUCAUGGUGUGUAAGGUGCCAAUAAAAAAGGGGGCCCACAAACUUUUUGUGGGUACUACAAACUACAGGGUGGCAAAAAAAUGUGAUGGCAAAUUCUGCAAAAAAGUUCCGUAAAACAUGGAGACAAUCUUUCGGACUUAUUUUUUUUUCCAGUCAAUCCUGCUUACUUGUGUGGUUGAUUGACCUUGUGGGGAAUUGUAGACUAGGCUCGCUUCAGGUACAAAGUUCUUUCAGAAGCUUGCCUUGUGUGAUCUUGAGUGUCUUUAACAACAACAACAAAAAAGGAUUGUUACUGUAUUUGUUACUAAUAUUGUAGAUGACUUGUUCUAUGGAGGAUAUGUUGCCAAAAGGAGUUAGUAUUUGCUGAUGUUUUACACAAGCUUGUAAUCACACGUCUUUGUUUUGUUCACCCAGUGAAGGAUGAAGGCGUCCUUCACCGUGGAGCCACAAAAUGUUAAUAUUCUUUGGUUUAAAAAGAAAUGCGAAAGAUCUAUGUCCUUAAAUAAUAAACCAUUCACAAAGA